AGAUACGACAUCGCGGAAAGACUGUCAAUUUGUAUCAUCGAUUAUUGUAAUUAAUUUUAAUAUGUAUAUCUAAACACAUUUUACCAAUCCACUGACCUUUUAAUUGUUAACUUAGUAUGGAUAUCUUUUAUUAAACAAAACAAUGGGGGUGGUUUUGAUUCUUAACAAUGAGAAAUUCGAUAUUAAAGAUGUAUCAGAACGCAAAAACAGUAAAAAGGACGUAAUAUCGUUGAAAUAUUUAUUUUAUAAAUUUAACUAUCGUGUAGAAAUAGUACAGAAUCCAACUCUAAAAGAUAUAAGAGACAACUUAAAUGAUUUGCUAAUUGAACACCUAAAAAAAGCCACUUGCCUUAUUGUGGUCUUAAUGACACAUGGAUUGGAAAACGAUCGUGCUUAUGCCAAGGAUCAAAUUUACAAUAUUGGAGAAGAAAUACUUAAAUCCAAUGCUUUUCAGGACUUUAAAGAUCUGCCAAAAAUACUAAUUGUUCAAGCUUGUAAAAGUUUUGAUGUCAAACCGAAAUCUGAAUCGAAAAUAUCAAAAGUUUACAAUACUCUUCGAUAUAAUAGUUGUUUUGAAGGAGGAAAAGCCGUUCGAGCUGAUGAUGGAACUUUAUUUAUACAAAAACUCUGCAAUAAUUUGCUUAAAUAUGGUCUCAGUGAAGAUUUUGAAAGAAUUGCCGAUCGUGUUAAUAAGGAGUUUGAAGAAGAAUUUAAACUUAGUGGAAUAAGACAAUGCCCAACAAUUGUUAGGUAUAAUGUCGUAGGUUUUGAAAAAUUUUAUUUGGGGGAUAAUGUUAAAAACGCCUUUAGUUUGAAAGAAAAUACAAAUACAAAAUUUAUUGUAGGGUAAUAUACAUAUGUAAGUAAAAUGUU